AUGAACUCCCUCUCGGAGAGCAGUGACACUGGAAUUCUUUAUCUGAACCCUCAAACACCAAAGUGGUCUUUGGUGGAGAAAAACGCGGUGAGGUUGACAAAGAGCACCGUCCCUUCAAGUGCCCCACACUGUGACUGGGCUUUUAAAAAGCUCUGCAACCUACAGAGUCACCUGCAAACUCACAGUGGCCUCAAGCCACACGUGUGCGAUAUAUGUGGCAAGGCUUACUCCCACCAGGGCACUCUGCAGCAGCACAAGCGUCUGCACACGGGGGAAAGACCAUACCACUGCCCCUUCUGUGUCAAGACCUACAUCUGGUCCUCAGAUUACCGCAAGCAUAUCCGCACACACACAGGUGAAAAGCCCUACGUCUGUGACACUUGUGGGAAGGAUUUCAUUCGAUCCUCUGACCUGAGAAAGCACGAGCGGAACAUGCAUACCAAUGACAAGCCUUUCCCCUGCACGCACUGUGGCAAGACCUUCAAUAAACCCCUCUCCCUGAAGCGCCAUGAGCGCAAGCACCUGGGAGAAAGGCCCUUCUCCUGCCCCGACUGUGGGAAGGCCUUCGCUCUGGCCAGCCGUAUGGCAGAGCACCAGAAGAUCCACGCGGGCGUUCGUCCUUACAUCUGCUCCGUGUGCUCCAAGUGCUUCACCAAGUCUUCCAACCUGAGCGAGCACGAGGCCAUUCACAGCGGAGCGCGGCCCCACAAGUGCCCAGAGUGCGGCGUGGCGUUUGCCAUGGCUUCUCGCCUCGUCCGUCACCAGUACGUCCACAGCAAAGAGGAACCCCACAAGUGCACAGGCUGUAGCAAGAACUUUAGCCACCAAGCCUCACUGAAGCUUCACCAGGAGCAAACCUGUGCCGGCAGGAUCUUUGUCUGUGUGGAGUGCGACAAGUCUUUCCAGUGUGCUGCAAAGCUCUCACAGCAUAUGCUGCACCACAGGGAGCAAAAUGUCUGAAUGAGUUUAAAGACAGGUUUUGGACACCUCCACAACCGUGCCAGUACUAUUGACUGUCACCGAGCACCCAUUUUUAUGUCAGGGGGCUAGUUUGAAUUGUUUGAAGUGAGGUUAAAUGAGGCACUAGUCAGUGUUUUACAUAAAGUAGAUGACGGUUGGCAUGCCCCAAGUUCUGAGAAACACUCGGGAGUUCCAGCACAGGAGCUAAGCAAUGUAUUGGACCUUAAGAGUUUUUACUCACACGCCCUCUUUCCCCACGGUGCUGGGUUACCAUGAGAUGAACCUAGCAAUUUCUCACGAACAUUGACACUGGAGCUGAUGGCCUAAUAGUGUGAUGUGAACAUAAGUACUAGAGUUCCAGACUUUAUAAAAGUGAGAAUUAAAUGUAAGGCUAAUAGUUAAAAAUAUGCACAAAACCGCAACUUUGCGUUUAGGAAAUGCAGGCGGUUUAUCAUGACCUGUGCUGUAGUUUGAUGCUUUGGUCUUUCUGAAUCUGGUGGCCAAGGUGGUGAAUCUAUAACAGUAAGAAUGGUUCUGAGCAUUGAAUUACUGAAUAUCAAUCAAAGAGUGAUUCACAAGAUUUACAUCACCAACUAAAGUAUCAUUGACAUUAGCCAGAUUAGAUGACAGCUGUGAUCACCAGUAUUGAUGAUGGUAGCCGGUACAUUAUGUUGUCCUGACAACUGGAGGGACAGCUUGAUGUUCUCAGGCCACCAUGAAUAAAAAAACAACAGCUACAUCAACACUUAUUCUCAGAUGCAGGCUGUUUUAUUGUCUGGUGAGGGCUGAAUGCUGAAACAAGCAGAAAUAUCUGAAUAAAGGGCUAUGGCAUGGAUAUAGACCAGUCGUAACUCCUGAGACACAUUACUGACCACAUAAAUAGACCAGGCUGCUAUGUGAAUACGUGCUGCUACGUGUUCCUUUUUUGUCUAUCUCCAUAAAGGAUCAUUGUUAAAUGGGUUGUCUUAGUUUCAGUAUGCAGGUAAUGCCAGGUGUAAAUAUGUGGCUCAUUUUAAUCACAAUGCCAGACACAACAGGCAUGCUUUGUUUGUAGGAGGUCUAUCAAUUCAAAGAUAUCCAUUAUAAAUGUGUUUAUAAGCUGACACAUUAUUGGCAGGCGGUAAGAAUGGCGUCACAUCCUGGCUGCCUCUGUGGCCCACUUACACUUGACUCCAACAACUAAUAGUAAAAGGAGACGGCACCUGCUGUGUGCUCACUUGCUCUGCAUUAAGUUUGAGGACACGUCUGGAAUCACAACAGGAUUGCAGUGAUGUUUUUAUUAAAUAUGUGACAGGCAGAAGUGCACUGAUAAACAGGUAAAUAAUCCACGGCCUGUACAAAAGCAUUGACAUAUUCAGUAAUACAUAAAACACAGAGCCAAAGGACUCGAAGUAAACAAAUCAAUUACAUCCAGACAUGUUUACAUGGUGUCAAUAAUAAAAAGUUUGUUCUAAAAUA